UCCAAGGUGAAUAAAUGCGUGAAUCUAUGGUGGAGGAAUGAGAAUCUUAGGUUGUGCUAAUUGUCGCUAUUAAUGAGUCCGGUCUUGAUAAACACCUGUACGAGUAAUACCAACAUUACUAAGCGUUAUUGGAUCACCGUCUAAUGACUGUAUUCCUGACUUUGUUCUUACUCACACUGACAUCUCCUCUGACCCGUAUAACUUUAGAAACAUAACUGGACACUGACAGAAAACACACCAGGAUGGCCAGGGUGCUGUGUAGCAAAGCCAGGCUGGUCAGUUACCUCCCAGGCCUCCAUGUGUUGGUGCAUCGUGUGGCUGGACCCAGAGCCUUCUCUGCUGCUGGAUCCUCAGGCUCUGAUGAGCCCCAAGUAGCCAUCACUUCCUCUGACAUGGGACUGCAAACUGUGUGGCCUGAAGAGAGCAUGGGACCUUUUGGACCCCAGGACCAGCGCUUCCAACUGCCCGGUAAUGUGGGUUUUGACAACCACCUGGCAGGAUUAGCAGAUCCGAAGAAGAGCCUGGCACUCAAGCUGCUCCCUGACGUGCUGUCAUCCCCUUCCAGCAGUGAGAGACAUGAGUUAAUUCUGGCCCAGUUCAUCACAGACUUCUUUGAGGGAGAGGACUCCGCCUCGCCUCAGAAUGUCAAUAAAGCUGAACAGUACUUUCAUAACUCCAGUCUGGAGUGUGCCAUCCAGUCCUGCCCUGAACUACUAAAGAAAGAUUUCCAGUCCAUGUUUCCUGAGGCUCCAUCCUCUGGAAUGAUGGUGGUCACAGUGACCCAAAAGACCCAGAACGAUAUGACGGCAUGGUGUGCUGAGGUGGAACAGGAGAGAGAGCAGAUGCUUGACCAGUUUGUUGUUGGAGCGAAGGAGAUCUGUUGUGCUCUACAGAGUGAAGGAUUCUGGGCUGACUUCAUCGACCCAUCCUCAGGACUGGCGUUCUUUGGCUCUUACACCAACAACACCCUGUUUGAGACAGAUGACCGCUACCGUCACCUGGGCUUUCAGAUCGAGGACCUGGGCUGCUGCAGAGUUAUCCGACAUCCUCUUUGGGGAACACAUGUUUUUGUGGGAACAAUAUUCACCAGCGCACCACCCAACAGCCUUAUUAUGCAGAAGUUGCAGGGCAGCUGAACACAAGCCCAGGGACACUGGGGUGCCAUUCAAACUGUAAAAAUCUAUAUGAACUGUUUGGUGAUCAUAUUUUUGACUGCAGUUUCAUAAUUUUAGCAAAAUUCUUCAGAAAAGUUUUCCUUGCAACAUGUCUGUAUACCUAUUAGUUUAUUUUGAUUUAUAUUUAUAGAUGCCAAUCCCACAGGCUGGAAUACUGCUGUCAUCACAUUAAAGUGUUUCUUGACUAAA